UGUGAACUAAGUUGCUUCGCUGGUGUGGUGUCUCGUGAAUGAGGCUGUAGAUGGGCGUUUAGUUCGAACGAAAUGGUGGUUUUAUGGCUUAUGAUGUAGAAGAUCAGUGAAGCAUUUUCGAAUGACUUUUGAUGUCAAAGGAUGUAGGCAGCGGUUGGUGGUGGGAAGUCGAUGUGCGCCAGUUCAAGCUUAUUCCCGGUUUCGCCUUUUUGGUGUUCGUCGCGCGGCAUUGAGAGCGUAACCAACGCUGGGAGAAGAGUUGCAGUCAUAUAUUUGCGAAGUAAAGCUCAAGAAGUUUAUGUUUUUCUCCAUUGUGACUGUAGUUAUGGGAACAAGAAUAUGCCAAGAUGAACUCAUGAAAUCUGACUGUCCCAUAUUGUCAUCUGCAAUGUUUUAGUUCAUUUGUGCAGUGGAUUUUCUCUGCUGAUAAUUAUUAGUUGAUUACUUUGUAUCAGAAGCAUAUAAACACAAAUUUCAUCAUGGAUCUGGUGAAAGUGUUUAAUGCUGAGCUGACGUCGCUCUACGACCAGAAGCCACCAAUAUCAAAGGUGAAGAUGACUUCACUCACCAAGGGAGCAAUACGAGCCAUCAAGUUCUACAAGCAUGCAGUUCAAAGUGUCGAGAAGUUUCUGCAAAAGUGUCGGACAGAGUACAAAAUCCCGGGGCUGUACGUGAUCGACUCGAUAGUGCGCCAGUCGCGGCACCAGUUCGGCGUCGACCGGGACGUGUUCGCGCCCAGGUUCGCCAAGAACCUCUCCGUCACCUUUUACCACAUCUUCAAAUGCCCUCCCGAGGACAAGAGCAAGGUCAUCCGCGUGCUGAACCUGUGGCAAAAGAACCAGGUGUUCCCCCCCGAGGUGAUCCAGCCCAUCUUCGACCUCGCCGACCCGGAGAGCGCGACCAGCCGCGAGAUCGAGCAGCAGCUGCUGGCCAAGGAGCAGCAGCCGACGCCGGCCGCGCCGCCGUCCACGGCCGCCGGCGCCGCGGCCGGUCCGCCCGGUGACGGCCCGGCGCCGGCCGGCAGACAGGCGGAGGGGGCGCCGGCCACUGCGCAAGUGGACCCCGGACUGAUCCAGAAGCUGCACCAGCUGCAGACCCUGCUGGCCCAGCCGACAGCCACACCCGAACAGGCAGCGCCCAAGUUCAACCAGCGCCUGUUGGACGACUUCGACUACGACGAGGAGCCGGACGGCACUCCCAAGCCGGUCGAGCCGUCUCUCGAGUCGCUGGGCACGUUGCUCUCCAACCCGGACGUGCUGAAGCAGCUGCAGGGUCUGCAGCAGACGCUGCAGGCGCAGAAGCAGCAGGAGCAGUCGGAGCGCGACCGCAAGUUCCGGCUGCAGGAGAACGAGUUUGACAAGCAGCUGGCUCAGACGGUCGGCAGCCUGCCGUUCGCCAGCGAGAUCGAGCUGAAGCCACCAUCGGCCAGCGAGCUGGCGAUGAUGUCGGCCAUGUCGGCGCCGCUGGCGGCCACCGGCGACCGCGACAUGCGGCUGGAGCUGGCGCCGGAGCUGGCGGUGCCGCCGCCGCGCCGCCCCGCCAGCCCGCUGGAGGAGGGCGAGCGCGGCCCGGACACGGACAACGACGACCGCGCCAGGGACCGGGACGAGCGGGAACGCGAGUCGGAGCGGGAGCGAGAGCGAGAGAGGAAGAAGCGCGGCCUGCCGGCGCUGAAGCCCGACCACCUAGGAGUGUGCAGCACCACGCUGUGGGUGGGCCACCUCUCGAAGCUGGUGCACCAGGAGGACCUGAGUGACCUGUUUGGCGAGUACGGCGACGUGCUCAGCAUCGACCUGAUCCCGCCGCGCGGCUGCGCCUUCAUCUGCAUGAACCGGCGACAGGACGCGGCGCGCGCCCUGCUCAAGCUCAAGAACCACAAGCUGCAGGGCAAGCCCAUCACGAUCGCCUGGGCGCCGGGCAAGGGCAUGAAAGGCAAGGAUUUCAAGGACUACUGGGAGGUGGAGGCGGGCUGCUCGUACAUUCCUCACGGCCGGCUGACCGUGAUGAGCGACCUGGACGCCAUGGAGGAGGGCGGCAUGAUCGACGACCAGUCGGUGCCCGACUGGCUCAAGGGGCGGUACCAGCAGCUGCAUCAGAUGGACCAGCUGCCGGUGUCGGCGGUGCCCGUGCUGGGCGACCCGAUGCAGCAGCUGGCGAUGCCGGCACCGGCCGGCGCCGGCACCGCGCCGUUUGUGACGCUGCCCACCAGCCUGCCGCCGCAGCAGCAGCUCAUGGCGCCGUCCGAGCCGGCCGGUCAGGCCAUGCAGCCCAUGAUGGCGUCCGUGCCGCCGCCGGUGAGCGUGGCGCUGAACCUGGCGUUCGGCGGCGCCCGACCGCCGGGCCUGAUGAGCCUGCCGCCGAUGGGUCUGCCGCCGCCGGCCCUGCUGCCCACGGCCAGCAGCGUGCUCGGCCAGCCGCUGCUGUCUGCGCCACCCGGCGCCGCCCAGCCGUUGCAGCCCGGUCAGCUGAUGACGUCACAAGCCGGCAUGGCCGACCAGACUGCUGCAGCAGAAUCAGCUGAUGACGUCACAGGCGGGACAGGGGCUGCAGCAAAGCCAGCUGAUGACAUCACAGCCUGGCAUGGCAGGGCAGGGACUACAGCAGAAUCAACUGAUGACGUCACAGCCCGGCAUGACGGCACACGGGUUUCAGCAGAAUCAGCUGAUGACGUCACAGCCCGGGAUGCCAGCGCAGGGUCUUCAGCAGAACCAGCUGAUGACGUCACAGCCGGGGAUGUCAGCACAGGGUCUUCAGCAAAGUCAGCUGAUGACGUCACAGCCCGGGAUGACCACGCAGGGUUUGCAGCAAAAUCAGCUAAUGGCUUCACAGCUGAUGACUUCUUCAGGCGGUGCUCUCUCCUCGCUGUCGGCGCCGCCGCCGCUGACCAUGUCGACGCUGUCGGCGCCUCCGCCUCUCACCAUGUCGGCGCUGUCGGGCCCGCCGCCGCUGGGCCUGGGCUCGCUGCUGGGGGCGCCGCCGGGCGCCGGCCUGCUGCCGGGCGCGCUGCUGGGGCCGCCGCCGUCGGCCUCCACCACCGUCGAGCCGAUGGAUAUCGACUCGGACGCGGCGCCGCAGGUCAACGGCCAGCCGGAGCCGGGCGCGCGCGACACCGACCGACGGGAGGGAACGCCGCGGCGACAGAGGGCCAGUCGGUGGGGCGCCGGUCCGGAGAACGCCGCCGCCAGCAAGGACGACGGCAAGAAGGGCGAUGCGGAGGAGCGGCACCGCUCCCUGAUGGCGCGCCUCACCAGCUUGGCCAACACCAGCGUCAGCGCGCUGCCACAGCGCGAGCGCGACCGGGAGCGAGAGCGCGAGCGCGACAGGGACCGCGAGCGCGACCGAGA